AUCCACAAACGCAAAUAUAUAACUCUCGUUUCGCCGUCAAUUACUACUUCCCCAUCAAUUAGGGUUUUCUGGGCAGGCCUCGUCGACGUUUCGCAGUCAUGGUGAACGUUCCCAAGACGAAGAAGACUUAUUGCAAGAGCAAGGAGUGCAGGAAGCACACCUUGCACAAGGUUACACAGUAUAAGAAAGGAAAGGAUAGUCUUGCUGCACAAGGAAAGCGUCGGUACGAUCGUAAGCAGUCAGGAUAUGGAGGUCAGACCAAGCCUGUGUUUCACAAGAAGGCAAAAACUACCAAGAAGAUUGUGUUAAGGUUGCAAUGCCAAGGUUGCAAACACGUCUCCCAGCACCCUAUCAAGAGAUGCAAGCACUUUGAAAUUGGAGGAGACAAGAAGGGCAAGGGAACUUCUCUUUUCUAGAUCCAUUGCAGUUCUUUGUCUUUUGUUGUCUCUUUUUUCACAAGAUCAUUUGUUAUUGGGAGUUUAGCAGCAUUACUCUGUUUUGUUCAGCUUUUUGUUGUUCCACAUGUUAGCUGAAAUUAUCUAUGUUAUCGAAUUUUAAAAUCGAUGCUCUUCUGUCGAAUGGGUUCUGUUGAUUUGUUUCUA